AUGGAAGUUGUUGGGCUUAUUUCUGGAGGAAAGGACAGUUGCUACAAUUUGAUGUGUGCUGUGAAAGAUGGUCAUAAAAUAGUUGCUCUUGCCAAUCUCCAUCCUCCAAAAAAUGCAGAAUCUGAGGAAUUAGAUUCAUAUAUGUAUCAAAGUGUAGGUGCAGACGGUGUCGAAUUAUAUGGAAAAGCAAUGGAUAUUCCACUUUAUCGCAAAGAAAUAAGUGGAAAACCAAAAAAUCAAAAUUAUGAUUAUGAGGUAAUUUAAAACUGAUAUUUUAAUUAUCAAAUAAAAAAAUGUUCGUUCAUCAAAAUUAAAAAAAAAUCUUUACAAGCUUUUCCUACAAAAACCAGAAGAUGUCAAAUUAUUUUCUCGAAUCAAAUUUCUGGUGUCCCAAAUUAAGGUUUCCGAAAAAAUCAACGUUUUACAAUUUUGUAUAUUUGAGUAUAAAUUUUAAACAAAUAUUUGAAAAGCUGUUGUAAUUUUUUCCCGGAAGUUUGAAGAUAAUAAUAAUUGUCUUACAUUAGAAAACUGACGGUGAUGAAGUUGAAGAUCUUUAUGAAUUAUUGGUUGAAGUCAAAAAACAACACCCGAAUUUGAAAGGAGUUUCUGCUGGAGCAAUUUUAUCGAGUUAUCAAAAAAUUCGAGUGGAAGAUAUUUGUCGAAGACUCGAUUUGACACCAAUUUGUUAUUUAUGGGAAAGAGAACAAAAUGUAUGUUGAUUUAUCAAAGUUUGUUUUCCAAAACUAAUCAUUUUUAAGGAAUUAUUAGCUGAAAUGGUUGAUAGUGGUCUUGAUGCAAUUUUGAUAAAAGUUGCAGCUAUUGGCUUGAAUGAAAAACAUCUUGGAAAAACAUUGGGAGAGGUUUGUGUUAAAGUUUGGAGAAAAAUUAGAAUUUGGAAUUUUCAGAUGGCUCCUAUAAUGAAAAAUCUUCAAGAUAAAUUUGGUGUUCAUCCCUGUGGAGAAGGUGGAGAAUUUGAAUCAUUUGUUAGAGAUUGUCCUUUGUUCAAAAAAAGCAUUGUCAUUGAUGAAACAGAGGUUGGAUAUAACUGCGAAAAUCAAUAUAAAACAAUUUUUCAGAUUGUGACUCAUCAAGAUGAUCCGAUUGCUCCAGUAUUUUAUUUGCGGCUCAAGAAAAUGCACUUGGAAGAUAAAUAA